AAUGUAUUCACACACAAACUUGAAUGUUUUCAUUGUAGGACGCCCACCACAAGAGAGACAAGUUUCAUUGAGAAAAUGAAGAAAACUGGCAAGAACAUCAUUGUGUUCUAUGGCUCCCAGACGGGCACGGCGGAGGAAUUUGCCAACAGGCUGUCCAAAGAUGCCCAGCGCUACGGCAUGAAAGGAAUGGCAGCCGAUCCAGAGGAAUAUGACAUGGGUGAGCUGUCUCGUCUGUCUGAGAUCUCCAACUCCCUGGCCAUAUUCUGCAUGGCCACUUAUGGUGAAGGAGACCCCACUGACAAUGCACAGGACUUCUAUGACUGGCUCCAGGAAAAUGAUGAUGAGGACCUGUCUGGACUUAACUACACAGUGAGUUAUGUUUUAAAAAUUCCUUUGAAUUAUUGCCCCAGUAUUGGUAGCUUGUGCUACACAAUACUGGGGCAAUAA